GCUGGUGGAAGGCCCACCUGGUCCCGAAGGCCCAGCUGGCCUCCCAGGACCUCCAGGACCAACUGGACCCGUGGGCUUAAUGGGUGACCCUGGGGAGAGAGGGCCACCUGGUCGCCCAGGUCUUCCAGGAGCAGAUGGUUUACCAGGGCCACCAGGGACAAUGCUCAUGUUGCCUUUCCGCUUCAGUGGAGGAGGAGAUGCUGGCUCUAAAGGACCUCUUGUGUCAGCCCAGGAGGCGCAAGCCCAAGCCAUCCUGCAGCAGGCCAGGUUGGCGCUGAGAGGACCAGCGGGUCCGAUGGGUCUGACGGGGCGGCCGGGCCCCAUGGGACCCCCGGGCAGCGGAGGACUAAAGGGAGAAGCUGGAGAGAUGGGACCUCAGGGUCCACGAGGCAUCCAGGGUCCUCCCGGUCCGGCAGGAAAACCAGGCCGCAGGGGACGAGCUGGCAGCGACGGUGCCCGGGGAAUGCCAGGCCAGACAGGACCAAAGGGUGACCGAGGGUUUGAUGGCUUGGCUGGUUUGCCUGGUGAGAAGGGAAAUAGAGGUGAGCCAGGCCCCCACGGACCCCCGGGAGCACCCGGAGAGGAUGGGGAGAGGGGAGAUGAUGGAGAAGUUGGACCCAGAGGUCUACCUGGAGAACCUGGACCCCGAGGACUGUUGGGACCGAAGGGGCCGCCGGGACCCCCGGGGCCACCGGGUGUGGCUGGUAUGGAUGGACAGACGGGUCCCAAGGGGAAUGUGGGUCCGCAAGGAGAGCCGGGUCCCCCAGGACAGCAGGGUAACCCGGGUGCUCAGGGUCUUCCAGGUCCACAAGGCGCGAUCGGUCCCCCAGGAGAGAAAGGGCCGCUGGGCAAACCUGGUCUUCCCGGCAUGCCUGGUGCAGAUGGUCCUCCGGGUCAUCCUGGCAAGGAAGGUCCUCCUGGAGAGAAGGGGAGUCAGGGUCCACCAGGUCCUCAGGGCCCCAUCGGUUAUCCAGGACCACGUGGAGUCAAGGGAGCAGAUGGUGUUCGUGGAUUGAAAGGCACCAAAGGUGAAAAGGGUGAAGAUGGCUUCCCUGGCUUCAAAGGUGAUAUGGGCAUCAAAGGAGACCGGGGGGAAAUUGGACCUCCUGGCCCCCGGGGUGAGGAUGGUCCUGAAGGUCCCAAAGGUCGCUCUGGCCCCAAUGGAGAUCCCGGUCCUCUUGGUCCUGCUGGAGAGAAGGGCAAACUCGGCGUGCCAGGACUGCCCGGCUACCCGGGCAGGCAGGGCCCAAAGGGCUCAAUCGGCUUCGCAGGAUUUCCAGGAGCCAACGGAGAGAAGGGCACACGGGGGACACCUGGCAAACCAGGUCCAAGGGGGCAGCGCGGUCCAACGGGUCCACGUGGGGAAAGAGGCCCUAGGGGAAGCACUGGGAAACCUGGCCCAAAGGGCAACUCUGGUGGUGAUGGCCCCCCUGGUCCUCCUGGCGAAAGGGGACCACCAGGGCCUCAAGGACCGACUGGAUUUCCUGGACCAAAAGGCCCCCCUGGUCCUCCUGGGAAGGAUGGAUUGCCUGGUCACCCCGGACAGAGAGGAGAAACUGGUUUCCAAGGCAAGACCGGCCCUCCAGGACCCCCCGGUGUCGUAGGCCCUCAGGGUCCGACUGGUGAGACUGGGCCAAUGGGUGAGCGGGGACAUCCAGGUCCUCCAGGUCCCCCAGGUGAACAAGGUCUUCCUGGCCUCACUGGAAAAGAAGGGACCAAGGGGGACCCUGGUCCCGCUGGCCUCCCAGGGAAGGACGGUCCCCCGGGCUUGCGAGGCUUCCCCGGAGAGAGAGGUCUCCCUGGCCCCAUUGGUGCUCCAGGGCUGAAAGGCAACGAAGGUCCCCCAGGCCCCCCAGGUCCAGCAGGCUCUCCUGGUGAGCGCGGUCCCGCGGGAUCAGCUGGCCCGAUAGGCUUGCCAGGGCGACCUGGCCCCCAGGGACCUCCGGGACCCGCAGGUGAAAAGGGAGCUCCAGGCGAGAAGGGUCCUCAAGGGCCGGCUGGCCGGGACGGCAUCCAGGGCCCGGUGGGACUCCCGGGUCCAGCAGGUCCUGUUGGCCCCCCCGGAGAGGAUGGAGACAAGGGCGAGAUCGGGGAGCCUGGCCAGAAGGGCAGCAAGGGCGACAAAGGGGAGCAGGGUCCACCAGGUCCUACUGGCCCGCAGGGUCCAAUCGGUCAGCCUGGCCCAGCCGGUGCUGAUGGAGAGCCAGGUCCCAGGGGACAGCAAGGCCUCUUUGGUCAGAAAGGUGAUGAAGGACCCCGAGGUUUCCCUGGUCCCCCCGGUCCAGUGGGCUUGCAGGGCUUGCCAGGACCACCUGGUGAGAAGGGAGAAACGGGUGACGUUGGGCAAAUGGGCCCACCAGGCCCACCUGGACCCAGAGGUCCAUCUGGACCACCAGGAGCAGAUGGUCCACAAGGACCUCCCGGGGGAAUAGGAAAUCCUGGUGCAGUAGGAGAGAAGGGUGAACCUGGUGAAUCUGGUGAGCCUGGUCUUCCUGGUGAAGUUGGCCUCCCCGGUCCUAAAGGUGAAAGAGGUGAAAAAGGUGAAGCAGGUCCCUCUGGUGCUGCUGGUCCACCUGGUCCCAAAGGUCCCCCAGGGGACGAUGGUCCCAAAGGCAGUCCUGGUCCGGUUGGUUUCCCUGGUGACCCUGGUCCUCCUGGAGAACCUGGUCCAGCUGGUCAAGAUGGUCCCCCUGGUGACAAAGGUGAUGAUGGCGAACCUGGACAGACUGGUUCCCCUGGUCCCACGGGAGAGCCUGGCCCCUCCGGACCCCCAGGAAAAAGGGGCCCUCCUGGUCCAGCCGGUCCCGAAGGAAGGCAAGGAGAGAAAGGAGCCAAGGGUGAAGCUGGUUUGGAAGGACCUCCUGGGAAGACUGGCCCAAUUGGUCCCCAAGGUGCUCCAGGGAAGCCUGGCCCUGACGGCCUUCGAGGAAUUCCUGGUCCAGUUGGUGAACAAGGUCUCCCGGGAUCCCCUGGCCCGGACGGUCCUCCAGGCCCAAUGGGCCCACCGGGUUUGCCUGGUCUUAAAGGAGACUCUGGUCCUAAAGGGGAGAAGGGUCAUCCAGGUUUAAUUGGUCUUAUUGGACCUCCGGGAGAGCAGGGAGAAAAGGGUGACAGAGGUCUCCCAGGCCCCCAGGGCUCGGCAGGACCCAAAGGAGAGCAGGGUAUCACAGGUCCUUCUGGACCAAUUGGACCUCCAGGGCCACCAGGAUUACCGGGUCCACCUGGUCCCAAAGGUGCUAAAGGAUCAUCAGGUCCAACAGGUCCAAAGGGUGAAUCGGGUCUUCCUGGGCCCCCAGGGCCUCCUGGGCCUCCUGGAGAAGUCAUCCAGCCGCUGCCCAUCCAGUCUUCCAAGAGGACCAGGCGAAACAUUGACGCCAGCCAGCUGGUGGACGAUGGAAAUGCCGACAACUACAUGGACUAUGCAGAUGGCAUGGAGGAAAUUUUCGGCUCACUGAAUUCCUUGAAACUGGAAAUCGAGCAAAUGAAGCAUCCAUUGGGCACUCAACAUAACCCAGCGCGGACCUGCAAGGAUCUGCAGCUCUGUCACCCCGACUUCCCAGACGGUGAAUACUGGGUUGAUCCUAACCAAGGAUGUUCCAGGGACUCUUUCAAAGUUUACUGUAAUUUCACAGCCGGUGGAGAGACUUGCAUCUUCCCUGAUAAGAAAUCUGAAGGAGCUAGAAUUACUUCUUGGCCAAAGGAAAACCCAGGCUCCUGGUUCAGUGAAUUCAAGCGCGGUAAACUGCUCUCCUACGUGGAUUCAGACGGGAACCCCAUCGGGGUGGUGCAGAUGACUUUCCUCCGGCUCCUGAGCGCUUCGGCCCACCAGAACAUCACGUACAACUGCUACCAGUCCGUAGCCUGGCACGACGCCACCACCGACAGCUACGACAAGGCCAUCCGCUUCCUGGGCUCCAACGACGAGGAGAUGUCCUACGACAACAACCCCUACAUCCGAGCCGCCCUCGACGGCUGCGCGGCAAAGAAGGGCUAUCAGAAGACUGUCCUGGAAAUCAACACGCCCAAAGUAGAGCAAGUACCUAUAGUCGACAUCAUGUUCAAUGACUUCGGAGAAGCGUCACAGAAAUUUGGAUUCGAGGUGGGACCAGCUUGCUUCAUGGGCUAAGAGCCACCUGAAAACUAGUCUCCAAAUGAGCAACCUCGUAACCUCAUUGCGCCAUUUAAUUAAUUGAAAAAAAAAAAAAAAGAAAAAAAG